AUGAAUGCCAAGGCAAUAGCAGAUCCGGAAUUUUUUUGCAUGUUUAGUGUAGAUGAGGAGAAUAGAUUGGCAAAUUUCUUUUGGAGAAACUCUCAAUCUCUACACGAUUAUUGUUGCUUUAGGGAUGUGGUGAUAUUUGAUAGCACGUACAAAACCAACGUAUAUGACAAGCCUUUAAUGGUGUUUGUUGGUGUAAACAACCAUAACGCGACUACAGUUUUUGGUUGUGCAUUUCUUGUUGAUGAGAUUGCUGAUACAUAUCGUUGGGUACUCAGAACUUUUUUGACUUCUAUGAAGGACAAGAAGCCUAUAUCUAUUGUCACGGACGGGGAUGAGGCAAUGCAUGUAGCGAUUGAUGAAGUUUUUCCCGAUGCACAUCAUCGUUUAUGUACAUGGCACAUCAUGAGGAAUGUGAACACCAAUGUGAAUAACCCAGAAAUUGUAAGGGACUUUAGCUAUUGUGUGCAUGGUGGUUUGACACCAGUGGCGUUCGAACAACAUUGGCAACAAAUGAUAGAUACAUAUGAUCUAAAAGGCGAUUGGAUCGAGAUGAUGUACCGUAAACGGAAACGAUGGGCUGAAGCGUACUGCUCAGGGCAUUUUUUUGGUGGGAAUACCACAACACAACGUGUCGAGGGUAUGCAUAAGAACUUGAAGGAUGGAAUUGGUAGAGGCAUGAAGUUAGUGGAGUGUAUGCCACGGAUUGAAAGAUCGUUAUUGAGGUUGAGAAAUGAGAAUGUGAAGGAUGACUUUGAUUCCAACAAUUCACACCCACUCCUUCGUACGCACCUCCGAUCACUAGAGGAACAUGCAGCUUCUAUUUUCACUCACGAUAUUUACAAGUUGAUAAGAAAUGAGAUAAACAAGGAGGCUAAAUUAAUUCUCGUGCAACCCGUAAGAAACAAUGAAGAUCCUCGUGUUUACACAUUUUCCAAAUUUGGAAGACCCGAUGAGAAAUGGACUGUAGUGUACUACAAGAAAGAGCAACAUCUGCAGUGUUCGUGCAAAUUAUUUGAAUCCAGUGGAAUUCCAUGUUGGCAUAUGUUUGGAGUCAGGAAAUGUGAUCAUAUGGAUCAAAUAAAUCCGUCCGUAAUAGUGGCUGUUCAUGGGACUAAGACGUUGUCCUCUUCUUAUACAACCCCUAACUCGGGCUUCUCAUAUGGCGAAGUGUCUAGUGGCUCCACUCAUUACAACUCAAAUGAUUUCACCUUUGAGACACCCGAGUAUAGUGUAUUGGAAUCACAAUUUGACACACAAGCCUCACCACCUAGAGAUCGUAAUAGAUUUUGGGUUCCGUUCACCCCAAUAAAAUGA